AUGGUCAACCAAGUAUAUUAUGAGCUCCCAGCGGAGCCCGUAAACAUUUCAGCCAAUCCUCAGACUCAGUCACAAAAACAACAACAACAGGAACAACAACAAUCUCCUUCGUUACCUCCCAGAAAUCCUCCUGCUCCAUCAGUUGAAGAUGAAGAGUCCACAAUCCGAGGUGUUCCGGGAGAUGAUCUGUCUGCUACACCUCUACCAUUAUUCGUACGAAGAUCUAAAUCAAAUCUUUUAAGUCAAUCUUCAGAAAAUGCCACGACUGAUACCACGUCCACACCUCCUCCUAAUCGGUCCAACAUUUCCACAACCGAAUCCUAUGAAACCAAUACUUCCGAUAACCCGCCACCCCUUCCAGGUAACAGACCGAACCUAAACAUUCAUACCGGCCCAUCACUUCCACCCCGAAGAAUUUCUCAGUACAAUCCAGAUGAAAUACACUUUACUCGAGAUUCCCACCGAGUAAUCGCAUAUCUCAUACCACUUCCUAAACCCAUAAAUGUUUCGGAUGCUGACUUUCCUCAACGAUAUCUAAUGUAUACACCACCUGCAGCUCAUCUUCUCAAGCCAGCUGAAGGAAUCAAAGAAGGAAAACGUCAUAAGGGGAAGCGGAUUUGGCAGCGUGAAGUCAAAAAAGCUAAAACUUAUGAUGAAAUUGAAGAACUUCACAUCGUCUAUCCGUCAAGCAUCCACGAUUCCCCCGUCGAUCUCCGCACCCAAUUCCUCUCCCAGCUAACCCGCACCAAAAUCCGCGCAAAAAAACACUCCGCAAUAUCCACCCUCCUUCUCCUCCCCACCCUGCUAAUCGACACCUUCGCCGCCGUCAUCUGGCCCUUCGGUGGUCUCUUCGAAGUAGACGCCAUAUGGGCCUUCACCUCUAUCCGAGGCUACCUCGUAUCACGCUCCAUCACCAGCCGACUAAAACCCCAAGACACACCUCCUCACGAUCCCUCCCAAACCCGUACCCAAGAUCGAGAACUCUACCUCCGCUUUCAAAAAAGCGAGCAACUCAGCAUCCUAGAAAAAUACGUCAAGGAAUUAUGUCACAAGCGUAACCCCGCACGAUUCGAGAGUGCGGGGGUCCCACCCACAGAUUCAGAGGCUUUGAAAGCGAUGGGGUGGGAACCGGAUUUGAGGGGGAGGGUUAAAAGUGGUGAGAGAGGUGGGAUGCCGGAAGGUGGAGUCAGGGAUUGGGAUGAUGAGAGGUGGCAGGAACGGGAGAUGAAAGAGGAUUUACUGGGGGUUUUGGGGAAGGGUGCGAGGAGUUGGGAUGCUUGGUGUAAGAAGUGGGAGAAAAAUUCUAAGAGGGCGGAGAGGAAGUGA